ACAUGACCACAAUGAUGGAAGAUGAAAUGGAAGUGACAACUUUUGCCCCUGACACCUUGAAAUAUGCUAGUGUUGUGAGCAGCUCGCCAAGCACCAUCAGUGCCUUCAAAGACUCAUUCAAUAGCAGCAGAGUCAUUGACCAAGUGCCUUCCACAAAUUUGACUCUAAACAAGACAGUUUCCACAGAAGAAGCGAACACUAUUAGAAUAAGUACAAAUGACAAAAACCCUGCCAAUAGUAAUAGGAAUGAUGAAAAAAUGAAAGAAGACGUUACAAACCCUGAUGGUAAUGAAAAAGUUACGGAGGAAACGGACAGUUUAGAAAAUGAAGGGAGCACGGGUUUACAUGAAUUGAGUGAUAUGGAUGUCAAAAUGGUUGCAAACGAAAACAAAGGCUCCAAAGAUUUUAAUGUCACCUCUACAUCACCAUCAGUAUCGUCAACUUCAAAAAUGAAAAACGAAGUGAUGAGUGACAAAUACACUGAGGCAGAACAAAAUCCCAGUAAUCCUAAAGAAUCGUCUGCCAGUGACGAUUUUGGGAAACCAACUGAAAAGUUUUCAAUUGCAAAUGACGAGGUAGAAUUUGUUGAAGCUUCGAAUGACAGUAAUGCGCACGGGUUGGACGAAUCAAAUGAUCUCAAACCAAAACCUCUGGAAACCGUCUAUCUCACCGAUGUAAAGCCAGAAGUUGUUGCGCCAGUAAAUUCUAUCAAAGAGUCGGAAGUUUCUUCAACCAAUUCCACCUCGAAAGUUAAUAGCUCGGAAACGCAAGUUUCUGUUACUCCCACACCUAUCUCUAAUUACCAAAACAAUUCUAGUCAGUCAAAUGAAUUAAAUACCGAAAUUGAGUUUGGUACUCUCAAAGGUGCGUCUAGUCAAGACCUCGGUGAUACCAAAAAUCACCCACCGACUUCAGAUAUUCCUAACGGGAUCAAAGAAACCCAGCAAUAUCAUGAGGGAGGCUUGAAUAAAAGUCACCAGUCAGCCUUAGACAUGCUCAACAGGAUAAAAGGAACCAACGAAUACCCAACAGAAACAGAAGGAAUGUUCGAGGUGUCCUUCGACUUGCCCGCUGAUGUUAGUCCGUCCACUGAGAGAAGCAAGCUUCCUGACGUAAGUGUCUCUAAGAAAUACGCCCAGUCAACAGCCAGUGAGCCGUAUUCUAGUAGUGAGACUUCAAGUCACUCAUCACCAAGUCAUUUCAAUGAAGAAACUACAUACCAGUAUUCAACGAAUGUACCCAAUGUUUCCGAGGAAGAUAUCCCAGAUUUUGAGUUUUCAUCAAUGAAGCCUCACCACAGCUCUGAACUGGGUGAGAACCCACUGAACACUGAUUUAUCUACUACAGAAGACAUGGUCCAAUCUGUGAUGAAUUUAACAAGCUCAAUCUCUAGUUUUGAAAUGACACCUCAAGGCGGACUCCCUCAGAGCAUAACACCCUCACCCAGCACCCCCAUGACUACCACAAUGAGUGUUCAGUUUUUGACUCCGGCCUCUGCAAAAACUUCAUUGUCGGAGAAAGACAUUUUUAGCAGAGAAAAGAGCACCACAACUACUAGUGUGACCUCUAAUAUGGGAGACAAAACAGGAAAACCUGUUUCAGCUAAGUGGCCUGUGUUCGCUACUUCCGAGACCACCCAUGAACCCUCGAGCAAAAUUGAGCUAACCACCAUGAAAACUUCAAUCACAACCUCACCUUUCUCUACCACCAUGAAAGUGGUGACAAGCACCAAGAAAAAUGAGAAUAUUAUACCUCCAGUGCCUGAUAAAUUGGACGAGAAUAAUGCCACUGAUGAAGACGCCUACAUCGAAACGGACAGUGAACAAGAACUCUUUUCACCAACCCCGACAAAAAUUGUGACGACGGCGAAACCCUUUUCAUCGAACGGGACAACUGAAAUAACUGAGGCAGACUUAUGUCCAUCUACCAUGCUUUGUCCGGUUCCUCUCCAUAUUCAACUUCGAAUUGAAAGCAGUCCUGCGAAAGUUUGUAAAAAUUUGGGCAAGCUCAAAACUUCAAUCAUCAAAAUGUUCCGGACAGGGACUGCCAGAGUCCAACAGUCUGAACAAAUCAAGUUCAUCGACCUAAAUUCGAAUCAUUGUCCCAAAGAAGACACAGGGAAGGAGACUGACAUUAAGUUUUAUUUGGCAGAUGGAAUCGGUGAUUUUGAGCAGUCGAUCAAUGAAGAGUUCAUUGAGCUCUACGGAAAAAUGGGACUUCAAGGCUACGAACCAAAAGUUGAAAGCGCACACCUUAUAAUGAACAAAGGAAGUGACAAGGAAGUCAGUGUGGGAUCCGAUAUGGAUGGUAGCAAAACUCGAGUCAUUGCAGCGGUUGUAAUCAUCUGCCUCGCUGUCAUUUGCUUGAUCCUAGUCAUUUUAUUGCUGAUGAUCAUUCGCAAGAGGCAAAAACGAUUCAAUUAUGGACAACGAUGUGUGCCAGUAACGCUAGAUGACUACAGUUUGGACAAUAUUUCAGUUUACAAUAGUGUGCGAAGAAAAGGCGAUGCGAGGGCGUCCAAAAGAUCUUACGGAAAUCCAGCUUUUGAUGACCCUAAUGGCCCCACUCAUCGGAUAAAUUUUGCUGGCCUUGCAAAUUUUGCAUCCGAUCAAAACGCAAUCGAUGAAGAAUUUGCCUCCAUUCCUGUGGUUGCAGUGAAACCAGAUGAAUUGCCACCCUCUGCUGAAACGAAAAAUCGUUAUGCAAAUGUUAUUCCGCUUCCCGAAACUAGAGUCCAUCUUCUCAACACCAAGACUGGAGGCUGCAGUGAUUAUAUCAAUGCAAAUUACGUCAAGGGUCCAAAGAGAGAAGAAAGAUUUUACAUAGCCUGCCAAGCCCCUUUGCAAUCAACGAUCGAAGAUUUUUGGCGCAUGGUCUGGGAGCAGCAGAGCAAAGUUAUUCUCAUGCUGACAGAUUUCUUUGAAAAUGGAGUUGAAAAAUGUGCCAAUUAUCUUCCUCCGUCCGAAGUUAUUGAUUGCAAUAGAGUUUUUGGCGAUUUUCAAGUAACUUUGAAAAAGCGAGAAAAUCGUGAAAAAUAUAUCAUAUCAUCUCUUCAACUCAAGAAUUUGGAAACGAAUUCUUGGCGAGAAGUGACCCAUCUAUGGUACACCUCAUGGCCUCCACUUGGAGUGCCCAAUGAAGAGUCCUCGAUAAUAGCGUUCCUGAUAGAGGCACGAGUCUACAUGAAAAACAACACAGGUCCAAACGUAGUCCACUGUAGCCCUGGGACAGGGCGAACGGGGACUGUUAUCGCCUGUGACUUGUGCAUCCGCGACUUCGAGCUAACCAGGAUGGUCGAUGUUCCUAAGUGCGUCUACAUGCUGCGACGCUGUCGAGCUGGAGCCGUUCAGACCAAGCAGCAGUACGCGUUCAUUUACAAGGUUUUGAAUUUGUAUGCGGCUAAAUUAACCGGGGGAGGUUUGGACAGUAUUUGAAACCUUCAUUUCUGACCAGUAUGAUUCGCCGGCUGUAAUUUUUUAUCUUUCUUGCCAAAUUGUUAAUAAUUUUUACUUGUAAGUAUGUAGAAUUUUUGUAUUAGCUUUUUUUUUUCUUUUUCUGUCCAUCCUCUUAUUUUUUAUAAAAAAAAUGUUUAUUUUUUUACUCUCAUUAUUAUGUAUCAAUUUCAAUGAUCAUUUCACUGAUUUUUUGUCCUAGGAGUUUAAUCCCAAGUGUUCCAAUCGUAGAAUUUUACGAUUAGUUCAAAUUUUUCUCUUAUUUUUUCACAAAGCUGUGAAAGAUUCAACGCUUUCAAGUUUAGUCACAAUGUGCCUGUUUACUUGAUCUAGCCUGAAGGUCAGGUUCUGGUUGGAAAAAGGCAAAUGCAUUUAAAUUUAGACGGAACAUGCAAUGAAACAUACUUCAUUCCAGGAAAUGAUUUGUAAUCAGGAUUAACAGAUUAUAUAGAAGAGGUCUAUGCAGAACAAUACAGCGCUACAAAAUAAUUUUUGUCUCUUCUUUUAGUGUUCAAAAAUGCUUUCCUGAAAGGAAACCUCAAAUUCAACCCUACGUAACUUACAUUUGACUCCACUAAAGUGUCACUUUCGCAGCCUAAAAAAACUUGGACUUGGCUCGAACAGAAUAAUCAAGGGGUGGAUUCAUUCUAAUUUUCCCAAACUUGCUUGUUCAACUUAUUUUUUUUCUUUCAUUAAUUUAACCUCAAUAAGAUUUAAAUAUUUAAUAUUCUACCAUAGCUUCUAAUGUCUGAACCCAUUCUCAUUCAUGAAUAAUCUGAUAACUUGAAGACAAUGUUUCACAACAAGAAACAUACCAACAAUCGGUAGUUCAGCUCCUACUGAUCCAGUUGCCUCAAAUUCUUAACCCCCUAUUUUUUCAAUUUUUUUCUUGAGAUGAAGUUAUUAAAUUUCUAAUGCUGCAACAAUCAGCGAUGGAUCGUUGUUUGACUUCUUCAUAAUUGGGGUUGCGUUUGGUGACCAUUCAGAAUCGAGCGCUUUGCAACUUUGAAUUGAAUUAGUUUUCUUCCACCGCGAUGAUAAGCUAGUCAGAUCAACAAGUUAAAAAUUCCUUUUUUUCACGGAUUAUAAGAUAAUAGAUGAAUCAAAAGGAACUAUCUCUAUUGUAACUUGGGCUCUUAAGACCAAUAGGAAUACAUGCAUAAUAGGGCCCAUGUUGCCACAGUGAUGAGCAGCUCCUGUUAAUUUUAAUACGUCUGGUAGCGGACAGUUACAUUUUUAAUGGAAACUCUAAUUUUUUGGUUAAAUUCUUUAUCUUGCUUGACUUAUUCGUUUAUUUGAAGUAAAAUGACUCCAAAGUUGGACAUAGAGAGGAUAUCAGUCUAUUGGUGCCGAGUAUGUAUUGCAAUAUUGCGCAUAAGACUCAACGUGGGGAUAAGAGACUCUGUAAUGAUUUUGCUCCCCAUGACAAUUUACAUUUUUACUCAUUUUCAUGAAAAAAUAAUUUAAAUUCGUUGUUACAAAGUGUGUUACAACUAAGCUGUUUUGUGAAGUUCAUUGGUAUCCCUUUUCAUUAUAUGUAGAGUGGCUCACUCGCAAAAGUUAUGCACCUUCCGUUACCGUCUACCUUUCAUUCACAGUGAAAAGGAAUGAAAUAAACUUUUCUCUUAAUUUGAACCAUUAAAAUUACCAAUCCUGAAGUGACUGCUCAUGACAUAUUCGCUGGAUACUCAUCCAGCGAUAAUUUGGCAGAAACCUCGAACUUUCAUGCCUGGACAGCUUUUAUUUUUACCUCUGAUUUGAUCAAAAUUUGACCAGAAAUUCUAGCCGGGCAUUUUGCUGUGCAUCUCAAACAAACUAUUUAACUCAUGACGCAAACUUUCUUAAUAAAAUUUUUGUACAAAUAAUGAAACUAUUUUUGAUGAUUGUGCUGUGGCAGAAAUUUAUCACUGUCUUGUCAAACUCUUUUGAGUCUUUGAAAGAAAUUGCCUCUCCUUUUUCAAGGAGGACAUCUGUUCCCAGACGAUUGAGGAUAAAAUCAUGUUGAGGAUUUUAUUUGAAUAAAUGUAGGCAUGAGGCUAAACAGGUGCAAUAUGUUAAUGUUUGUAUUUUUAUUGAUUGUUAGUGUUUUUUUGCAAAAAUGAAUGCAAGUUCAGAAGAAAAAUUUGGAAAGUCUUUUUCAAAUAAACAUGCUUUUUGUUAAAGUUCAGACACAUGUGUAAAAAGCUCAGCGGUGAACGAGCGAAUAUUCAUCAGCAUAUUAACAGCGAAGCUACAAAAAUACGUAUCUGGGUUGCAAUGUUUUAAAAUCUCCGUUUCUACUUUAUUCUUUAAAAGGAGACGCAACCAACAUUAUGGCUUGAAAUUUUCACAGAAUCUUCAUCACACAGAGAAUAAAAUUCACCAAA